UCUCUUGCUCUUCCACAGGAUGCCGCAAUUUGUGUUAAAUUUCAUUUGGAACGUGAAAAGAAUCCGCAUAAAUUCAACAGCCGCAUGAAAAAUAAACUCUGGUAUUUUGAAUACGCAACAUCGGAAACGUUUGCCGCAUCUUGUAAAAAUCUUCAUGAGAAUAUUGAAAUAUUUUGUGAUGGUGUUUCCUUGGAUUUAGCCAAUGGACCACAUUUACAGGGUAUUGCCUUACUUAACAUUCCCUAUACCCAUGGCGGUUCUAACUUAUGGGGUGAACAUCUAUCCCAAAAACGUAUACGCAAAAGUACUGGACCUUUUCGAAAGGGCAAGAAACUGAAAUCAUCGGAUAAGGAGCUGUCGACAACUAGCUUUACCUCCGGAGAUCUUUCGGUGGCCAUACAAGAUUUUGGCGACCGUUUAAUUGAAGUUAUUGGCCUUGAAAAUUGCCUGCACAUGGGCCAGGUCCGUACUGGUCUGCGUGCCUCUGGCCGCCGCCUGGCCCAGUGCAGUGAGGUAAUCAUAAAGACACGCAAAACAUUUCCCAUGCAAAUUGAUGGUGAACCUUGGAUGCAACAACCCUGCACGAUCAAAGUCACCCAUAAAAAUCAAGUUCCUAUGCUAAUGGCACCACGUUCCGAAAAAGGCAAAGGUUUCUUUAAUAUGCUGUGCAGUUGAUUUCGGCGUAGUGCCUCGACCAGUGCCAUAUUGCGUGAACAUUUUACUGC